AUGGUUGCUUCGGCAUCAACUUCGGCCAUUGUGGCCGCAGUCGCACUCAUGUCUCUUCCUGGUGCAGGCGCUGCGGCGAUACGGGAUACAUCGGCUCUGGCACGUCGAGCAUGUCCCGAUUACACCGACUACUCCCAAGUUCCGCAUGCUCCAUACAGCGAUGGCCCCCUCCAUCUCCCUUACCAGCGCCCUGCUGUAGAGUGCCGGACCUACACAUCGUACUCUGUAGAAAAGGUCCUCUCUGAUGUGGUUUCGCGCAUUGUGGACCCAGAUCUCGCCAUGCUGUUUACCAAUGCGCUGCCAAACACACUGGAUACAACCAUUUCCUGGCAUGUCAACGACACGAGUUCUACCUCGUCCAAGCGGUCGAUGGACAGACGAGCAACUAAUGAGUCGUGGGCGGGAGCUCAGUCAUUUGUGAUUACGGGCGACAUCAAUGCAGAAUGGUUGCGUGACAGCAUGAACCAGCUCGUGAACUACCAAGCGCUGGCAAAGACCGAUGAAGCUCUGUAUCAACUAAUCCUCGGUGCAAUCAACACUCAGGUAGAGUUUGUCAUUACAAGCCCAUUCUGUGAAGCUUUCCAGCCACCACCUCCAAGUGGGUUAUCACCAACCAACAAUACACAAGAUGAUACCGUCACCCCCAGCUAUGACCCUUCAUUUGUCUACGAGUGCAAGUGGGAGCUUGACUCGCUGGCAGCUUUCCUUUCCCUCGGAAACCAAUUCUACAACGCGACCGGAUCUACUGCUUUUCUGACGGAUCGUUGGUACUCGGCAUUGGAUACCGUUUUAAAAGUACUAGAUGACGAGGCGCAGUCUACAUUUACUCACGAUGAUCAAUUCGUCACCAAUGCCUACACUUUUCAGCGAGUAACCACUCUUGGAACAGAAACCUUAUCCCUUAGCGGCGUUGGAAACCCUCUCAAUAGAAACACCGGUUUGAUCCGUAGUGCUUUCAGGCCUAGUGACGAUGCAACUAUCUAUGGGUAUUUUAUUCCUGCAAAUGCCAUGAUGUCAGUUCAAUUGGGAAGGACUGCCGAUACUCUGGCAGCCACUGGAGGGAACCAGACGCUCAUCACCGACUUGCGUACAAGAUCAGACAAUCUCCGCAAGGCCAUUUUAGACCAGGGCAUUUUCCAGCACCCGACCUUGGGUGAAGUGUUUGCUUAUGAGAUCGAUGGAUACGGUGGAAGAAAUAUAAUGGACGAUGCCAAUAUCCCCUCUUUGCUGUCUCUUCCUUACUUGGGCUUUUUGGAUGUCGAUGAUCCUAUAUACCAGAAUACUCGUAAAAUGCUUCUGAAUUCCAACACCAACCCGUACUACCUUACUGGCUCAGCUUUCCAUGGCAUUGGUGGUCCUCAUGAUGGUCUGACAAAUUCCUGGCCAAUGUCACUCCUCGUGCAAGCUUACACAAGCACCGAUGAUACAGAAAUCAUGGACUGUAUCAACCUUGUGAAGAACUCAAGUCUUCUGGGGCUGGUUCACGAAUCCAUCAACGUCAACAACAUCACAGAGUAUACACGACCGUGGUUCUCGUGGGCCAAUUCGGUAUUCUCGGAAACCAUUCUCAAGGUUGCAGCGGAGAGACCGUACCUGAUUUUCAAUGAUAGUACGCCUUAUAUAGUCACUCCAUAA